CACACACGCACGCGCGCACACACACACACACACACACACAGAGGAGCAGCGGCGACAGAGAUGUGAAUAUGGAGUAGACCUCAAGCCCUGUCAACAUGUUUCCCGGAGUUUUCUAUGCACUGCUGGCGGGUUUCCUGGCGGCCGUGGCGUCGUCAUCGGCUAAGCUGUCCCUCGGAGCGGACUACCUGAAGGGAGUGUGCGAGACGGGGCUCCGGACGUGGGGCGAGCAGCGGAAAUUUAGACAAGCGGACGAGACUACCGCCUGUGACCGGGUGAGGGAAGCCGGGAAGGUGAAGUCGGCUUACUUAACAUUUCCGCCGGCUCACUCAGCUUCAGCACCGCUCCAAGACGACCUGCACAUCCCGCUGAGGCUGCUCUGUGGCGGCCUGCUUUUUACCUGCAAUGCUGUGAUGUGGACCUUCCUUGCCAAAGCACUCAGGCACUCCUCCUCUUCCACCCGAACCACUGUGACCACCACUGCCUCCAACUUUGUAUCUUCCGCUUUCUUGGGCCAGCUGAUCUUUGGUGAGGCCCAGAUAACACUGUGGUGGGUCGGGAUAUCCCUGACUUUCUCUGGUCUGCUGGUCCUGCAGAGGGUCUCUCCGCAGGAACGGCAUCAGGACGCCGUCAAGGAUGAAUGAUAUUGUAUGUUUCGUCUCUGCUAAGCUAUGCUUUUCAGACUGCUGCGCCAGGUUUUCUUUCAAUCGUUCUGAUUUUCCAUCCCGCCAAAGAAAAAUGACACAUUAUUUGGUGUAGAUUUAUGACAAUUAUGGAACACAGGUAGGAAUGUUGGGACAAGACAAAAUUACAUUCAGAAUUGUUUUUUUUCUUAAAAGAAAUAGUUUGAAUUGGUUUAUUUUUGUAAGUAAUGUAAAUGUCACCGUUUCGUUGGCUGAGCAAAUCCCUUAAAAUUGUAGAUUACUGGUCUAACAAUAACAAUAAGCUGAUGUUAACUAUGGCUCAACCUAUCAUCUGGUCUAAAAUGAUUUUUAGCUUUGUCAAUGAAGAUGAUACUAGUGUAACCUUUAAAGCAGGGGUGUCCAAAGUAUUGACCAGCAUUACGGCCCAGAAUAGUUGGGGUUUUUUGUGUUUUUUUUCUUUAAAACGACAACAAUGUGACAAAAGAGCAACACGGCUAAAUGAAUGGAGAGAAAGUUGUUAUUUGAGUGACAAAGUUACGACUGGGGGUAAGUGCUAAUGCAAAUUUUGGUAGUGCAUCAAUCCGAUACAAAAUAAAUACAGGUCCAGUAUUGCCUUAUUAUUUAAACUGAUGCCAAGGCCACUACCUUUUACUUACUGUGUACAUUAUGAAACCAGAACAAAACACAGGACAAAUGUUUUAGGUACACAAACAAAACAAUCUUAAACCUAUUUGUGAACGAUUUAAAAAACAACAACAAAACACUAAACAGUAGUACCUCAAUUGAUUCUGUGACAGCGGUCUUAGCUCAAAAUACUUGUAUCUCAAACCUUCCAUUAAAAUGAAUUGAAAUCAAAGUAAUUGGUGCUCGCCCUAGGGCUGCACAAUUCAUCCAAUUUUAAUCGUGAUCACGAUUUUGCCCGCUGCGAUUAAAUGAAGGUGAUCGUCGGCGAUAUUAACAUUUAAAAAAACUGGCUUCGCUGCAUUUCAAACCAAGCACGUUGACAACCAACAGUCAGCCAACCACUAGGAGGCGACCAAUAAAAUGUGGGCUGAUUUGAGAGAGUGACAACAAAGGUUGAAUGUAGAUCAGCCAGUAGUUCCCAAAAUUAUUAGGAAAAAUAAAUGCAUUAUUACAUCAGUGCCUUUCCCUCCCGCAGAGAUACCUACAGACACGCAAUUUAAUCCCCAAAACACGAUUGCACGUUUUGCCAUUCUCUAGACACUCCCGCUCGGUUCCUGAAACCCGAAAAUUAUCGAGAUGCGGGGACACGUUAAGCGUUAACAACACUUUCCUUCUUUUCUCAACCGCCAUCGUUUCAGCGCCGACAAACAGCUACAAAAGCGGGAGUUCCCAAAAUACAGACCAGCGUGACAUCAACUGUACCCCGACGGACCCUGUAUCCCUGUAUCCAUCCACCUCUCAAAGACUGGCCAAAAUGUGGGCUGUAAUAGCGUUGUUUUGGCCAAAGUUAUACGUCCUAUAUUUAAUGUGAGCAGUACAAUGAAUGUUUUUUUUGUAUGUUAGUUUCAUGCAUAAUCUAUUUUUUCAUUUGUUUGCACUUCAUGAUUGCACUCUGCAAUGACAUAUCUAUUUUAGCCCUUUUUAUUUAUUUUUUUUUAAAUUUUACUUUAUAUUUUUGCAUUGAUUUUUAUAGUUUCAUUUUGAAAUAAAAGCAAUAUUUACAUACUGGUAGUUUUAAAAUAUGUUUUAUUAACAGUAAGUAAUCGGGAUUAAAAAUCGGGAUUUCAAUAUUGAUGAAAAUUAUUGUGAUUAUUAUUUUGGCCAUAAUCGUGCAGCCCUACUUGUCACCCCAAAAACAGCACAAAUGUAACAUGCCUUUAAAAAGAAAAACUAACUUUUAGAUAAGAAAUAUUGGAUAUAAACAAUACAAUAAUAGACUGUACUACUAACAGUAUUAUAGUUUAAUAAUAACAAUGUACAGCAUUUACAUUGGAGAGUGGAUUUCUACGUAUCUUCUUACGGCUGCUUCUCCGUCAAACACACGAUCAACAGCUUUUCCAUAUUUUCAUUGAUACAUUUCUGUCAGUUAGAUAUCACUUUAACAUUUUUGGCUGGCGGUAGACUUAUUCUGCUUCAAUAUGACGCAGACUAUGCUCGUAUUGCUUCGCUAAGUGACACGCUUUGUCCUGUUUCUGAUUAUAUAUUUCUUUAAUUCAGUGACUAUCAUCCAUUCCUUCUUUUCAGCACUGUCCUUCACACUCACUUCCUUCCUUCCCAUUAUUGGAAAACAAAGUUAUGUCCAUUUCUAGUUAUAAGCUAACACUAGCAAGUAAAACCAAAUGUUUUACACGGAUCUUACAGGGUUCACUGUGACAUUCACUACACCAACUAAUGGCAGGGAUGCUUGUUACUCAAAUGUUUGCUUACAGCUUAAAGCAUAACAAUUAGCCCAAUGACAGCGUUUAUCUCAAAACAUUUUUAAGUCAGGAUAGGUUGAGGUACUGCUAUACAACAAUAUAAGAUCAUGUAAAAUUAUUAACAAAGUAAUAUAACUACUCCGUUUUUUCCCCAGGACUUUUCCCCCAAAAGUGGCGACUUGUCCAGGGUGUACCCCGCCUUCCGCCCGAUUGUAGCUGAGAUAGGCGCCAGCGCCCUCCGCGACCCCAAAAAAGGGAAUAAGCGGUAGAAAAUGGAUGGAUGGAACUCCCUUCAUGUCAAAGUAUUUAACACAUCAAAAUCAAACACAGAUAUUUGUAAAAAUAAACAGUUAAAAAUGUGGAUAUCAUCACGCUCAUCUCGAUCCUAUACAAAGGAAUCAAUACCAUUUGGAUCGAUUUGCUUACCCUUACAAUUAAUGCAACUUUAAAAGUGAACCAUGUAUUAGGAACUAACUAUUUACUUAUUAGUUGAAUUUAGCAAAAACAAGUAGGUUUCUGUGUUUUAUAGACACUGUAUUGAGGAGCCCUGAGCUUAUGUUAUCUUAGCUUAACUAGUCUGAUUUUUGUUUUGUUGUUGUUGUAAUGAUAUCUUGGAGUUCUGUCACUGUUAGGUUGACAGGGGAAAGAGGCCAGUGAGUUGUCCAUCUUGUUAAUAAAUCUAAAAAAGGUAUACAUUUUAUCAUCAAGUCUUUGGUCGUUUUAUGCAUCAGAUCAAAAACUGAUGCAUAACACAGACAUGUCAGCCUGUGUAUCAUAUCUGGUAAAACCAUCAGGUUACCAAAGUUUUGUUACAUUCAUUUAAGUAACUAUAACAUGUUAUAUAAGGGUGUCCUUACCAGUACUAACUGUACCCGCUUAAGUUGACGUCAACACACAAUUUGCGACCCAUUGGGGUCUUAAACCUUUUUCACCAAGUACCACCUCAGAAAAAAGUUGGCUUUCCUAAUAACAUCAUAAUAACUAACAUUAAAAUACAGUAGCGUAGUAGGCUGAAUUAUUCAUAAAAACAAAGCAGGGGUUUUAUGUAACAAGUAUAUUUAAUAUUUUCUGGCCACUGUAACAUUACACACAAUUUAAACAGUAACAUUGUGUUAAAAUAUAGGAGAAAACACAGUAUUUCAAUCAAGUGAUUCUUUGGUGUACCACUAGGGGUACACAUAGCACAGUUUGAGAACAUUAAUCAUUUUAAGACGUACGCAAAGUAACUUCCUGUUCAGUGCAAAGUAAGCUUCAAAAUAAAAGCAUGGCAGUAUUAACCUGGAUCUUGCCACAGUUGCAACAAAAUGCACUCAUCAGCCCAUCUAUCCAUUUCGUAGCACACAGCUGAAUUCGAUCUCAAAUGCAGCUGGUCCUCAUGUCAACAUGUUCUGUGUUUCGAUGCUUUGUGGUAACAAAUGUGCUGGCAUAAAUUAAUUUAAAACCUAAUUGUGGUCCGAAAAUACGACUCAUUCGAUAACUAGCCCAUUAUUGCGGGAGUUGUGCUUCACCUGCAGCGACACUGAGGAGGGACAACAUCACCUAUUCACUUUUGGCACGUCUUUUUGUGUCUCUCCUGGUGGCAGUGCGCCAAAGAAAAGGACAGACAUCACCAUGGAAGUGUAAAUUGUACAAAGCUUAUUGUCCUAAAAUUUUCCUCACGUUUUUUCUCCUCCGCUCGACUGUCUUGACCAUCAUUAAGGAUAAAGAUGUGCUUGAGCUUGUUAAAGGUUUUGCUCUAAUGAAAGCGAAAGUAAUAAAAUAAGCAGCAUAGUGUCUCAUUAUUACAA